CAUUUUCCAUGUUAUUCUGCUUUGCCGGAGCAAUUCACCGAUUUUGGAUGCUGUCAUUUUGGUAAAUUUCGCAAUUUUGGAUUACUAAAUUCCCAUCUUCUCAAAUUGAGAGGAAGAGGGGGUUUAUCUCCAACUUCGGCUGAGGAAAGUGCCUGCCUAAACAACCAUGUACAUCAAACAGGUCAUCAUCCAGGGGUUUCGAAGUUAUAGGGACCAAACGGUGGUGGACCCGUUCAGCCCCAAGCACAAUGUCAUCGUUGGAAGAAAUGGAUCAGGAAAAAGUAACUUUUUCUAUGCCAUUCAGUUUGUGCUCAGUGAUGAGUUCAGUCACCUGCGACCUGAACAGCGUCUGGCCUUGCUCCAUGAGGGAACUGGUCCUCGUGUCAUCUCAGCUUUUGUUGAGAUCAUAUUUGACAACUCUGACAACCGGCUGCCGAUUGACAAAGAGGAAGUCUCCCUCCGUCGUGUUAUCGGUGCCAAGAAAGACCAAUACUUCUUAGACAAGAAGAUGGUGACUAAGAAUGACGUCAUGAACCUCCUGGAAAGCGCUGGCUUCUCCCGCAGUAACCCAUACUACAUCGUCAAGCAGGGAAAGAUCAACCAAAUGGCCACAGCACCUGACUCCCAGCGUCUGAAGCUGCUCAGAGAGGUGGCUGGGACCAGGGUUUAUGAUGAGCGCAAAGAGGAGAGUAUCUCUCUCAUGAAGGAGACAGAGGGGAAGCGAGAGAAGAUCAACGAGCUACUGAAGUACAUUGAGGAGCGCCUGCACACCCUGGAGGAUGAAAAGGAAGAGCUGGCUCAGUACCAGAAGUGGGACAAGAUGAGGAGGGCACUGGAGUACACCAUUUACAAUCAGGAGCUAAACGAGACGCGUGCCAAACUGGAUGAGUUGUCGUCUAAGAGAGAGACCUGUGGAGACAAAUCCAGACAGCUACGUGACGCUCAGCAAGACGCCAGAGACAAAGUGGAGGAGACAGAGCGCGUUGUGCGCGAGCUGAAGUCUAAGAUCUCUGCUAUGAAGGAAGAGAGGGAGCAGCUGUCGGCCGAGCGCCAGGAGCAGAUCAAGCAGAGGACCAAGCUGGAGCUGAAGGCCAAAGACCUGCAGGACGAGCUGGCAGGCAACAGCGAGCAGAGGAAACGUCUGCUUAAGGAGCGUCAGAAGCUGCUGGAGAAAAUCGAGGAGAAGCAGAAGGAGCUGCAGGAGACGGAGCCCAAAUUCAACAUGGUGAAGGAAAAAGAGGAGCGGGGCAUCGCCAGACUGGCCCAGGCCACACAGGAGAGAACAGACCUGUAUGCCAAGCAGGGCCGUGGCAGCCAGUUCACUUCUAAGGAGGAGAGGGACAAGUGGAUCAAGAAGGAACUCAAGUCCCUGGACCAGGCCAUCAAUGACAAGAAGAGGCAGAUUGCAGCCAUCCACAAAGACCUGGAGGACACGGAGACGAACAAGGAGAAGAACCUGGAGCAGUACAACAAACUCGAUCAAGAUCUGAAUGAGGUGAAGACCCGCGUUGAGGAGCUGGACAAGAAAUACUAUGAAGUGAAGAACAAGAAAGAUGAGCUGCAGAGCGAACGAAACUACCUGUGGCGUGAGGAGAACGCAGAGCAACAGGCGCUGGCAGCUAAACGAGAGGACCUGGAGAAAAAACAACAGCUCCUUCGCGCUGCCACCGGCAAGGCCAUCCUAAACGGCAUUGACAGUAUCAACAAAGUCCUGGAGCAUUUCCGUCGCAAGGGCAUCAACCAGCAUGUCAUCAACGGUUACCACGGUAUCGUCAUGAACAACUUUGAGUGUGAGCCGGCCUUUUACACCUGUGUGGAGGUGACUGCUGGUACCAGGCUGUUCUACCACAUUGUGGAGACUGAUGAAGUGAGCACCAAGAUCCUGAUGGAGUUCAACAAAAUGAACCUGCCUGGAGAGGUUACCUUCCUGCCCCUCAGCAAACUGGAUGUCAGGGACACUGCCUACCCAGAAACCAAUGAUGCCAUCCCCAUGAUCAGCAAGCUACGCUACAGCCCCAACUUUGAUAAGGCCUUCAAGCAUGUGUUCGGGAAGACUCUGAUCUGCCGCAGCAUGGAGGUUUCCACUCAACUGGCCAGGGCAUUCACUAUGGACUGUAUAACUCUGGAGGGUGACCAGGUGAGCCACCGUGGUGCGCUGACAGGAGGCUACUAUGAUACCAGGAAGUCUCGCCUGGAGCUCCAGAAGGACAUGAAGAAGGCUGAGGAGGAGCUGGGAGAGCUGGAGGCCAAGCUCAAUGAGAACUUGCGUAGAAACAUUGAACGUAUCAACAAUGAGAUUGACCAGCUAAUGAACCAGAUGCAGCAGAUCGAAACACAGCAGAGAAAGUUUAAGGCGUCCCGAGACAGUAUUCUGUCGGAGAUGAAGAUGCUCAAAGAGAAGAGGCAGCAGUCAGAGAAGACCUUUAUGCCCAAGCAACGCAGUCUCCAGAGUCUGGAGGCCAGCCUUCAUGCCAUGGAGUCCACCAGGGAGUCACUGAAGGCUGAGCUGGGCACCGACCUGCUUUCUCAGCUUAGCCUGGAGGACCAGAGGCGCGUCGACGACCUCAAUGAUGAGAUCCGACAGCUCCAGCAGGACAACAGACAGCUGCUGAAUGAGAGGAUCAAACUGGAGGGCAUCAUGACAAGAGUGGAGACCUACCUCAAUGAAAACUUGCGGAAGCGCCUUGACCAAGUGGAGCAGGAGCUCAAUGAACUGCGAGAGACCGAAGGAGGCACAGUACUCACAGCCACAACCUCUGAACUGGACGGCAUAAACAAACGUGUCAAAGACACCCUUGCACGAUCAGAAGAUCUGGACAGUCUGAUCGACAAGACAGAGGCGGAAAUCAAAGACCACCUGAAGAGCAUGGAUCGCUGGAAGACCAUCGAGAAGGAGCAGAACGACGCCAUCAACCACGAUACCAAGGAGCUAGAGAAGAUGACCAACAGACAAGGAAUGCUGCUCAAGAAGAAAGAGGAGUGCAUGAAGAAGAUCAGAGAGCUGGGCUCCCUGCCUCAGGAGGCUUUUGAGAAGUACCAGACUCUCACGCUCAAACAGUUGUUCCGUAAGUUGGAACAGUGCAACACAGAGUUGAAGAAGUACAGUCAUGUCAACAAGAAGGCCCUGGACCAGUUUGUCAACUUUUCUGAGCAGAAAGAGAAGCUAAUCAAGCGGCAGGAUGAGCUGGACCGCGGCUACAAAUCCAUCAUGGAGCUGAUGAACGUACUGGAGCUGCGCAAGUAUGAGGCCAUCCAACUCACCUUCAAACAGGUGUCCAAGAACUUCAGUGAGGUUUUCCAGAAGCUUGUGCCAGGAGGCAAGGCAACGUUGGUGAUGAAGAAGGGCGAUGCCGAGGGCAGCCAGUCCCAAGACGAGAGUGAGGGCGGCGCUGACAGUGAGAGGGGCUCUGGCUCACAGAGCAGUGUUCCCUCUGUGGACCAGUUCACUGGAGUCGGCAUCAGGGUGUCGUUCACUGGGAAACAGGGGGAGAUGAGAGAGAUGCAGCAGCUGUCUGGAGGUCAGAAGUCUUUGGUGGCCCUGGCCCUCAUCUUUGCCAUCCAGAAAUGUGACCCAGCCCCAUUCUACCUGUUUGAUGAGAUUGACCAGGCUCUGGAUGCCCAACACAGGAAGGCUGUCUCAGACAUGAUUGUUGAGCUGGCAGGCCACGCUCAGUUCAUCACUACCACCUUCAGACCUGAGCUGCUUGAAUCAGCUGACAAGUUUUAUGGCGUCAAGUUCAGAAAUAAGGUGAGCCACAUCGAUGUGAUCUCAGCGGAGCAAGCCAAAGACUUUGUGGAGGAUGACACCACCCAUGGUUAACAUGUGUCUGUGCUUCAUGGCCCUGUUCUCCCCUCCACAGUACACUGUGUAGCUCCAAGCCUGCAAACACUUCUCUCAAGUUGGUCAUUUCAGUGAAUAAGUUGUUUAGACACAGUCCGACCACCAGCCUUUCUUAAUGCCUGUUAAGCAUUGUGAAAUUACAUCCAAGUAUUUAAAGCGCAACAUUGUUAACACCAAGUCGAGCCAGUAAAAAUCCAAGUUGUUGCGGGGUGGGUGUGGGGGUGGUGGCGCUUUCUAGCCAUGUCAUGCCUCUCAUUGUGUGUAUCCAUAGCGUUGGACCUGAAAACUAUUAGAAGUGUAGAUUCUUGUACAUUUGAUACCUUUUCCUCGUCUGUUUCAAAAGAAAAAAAGUCCAGAUCAGGGAAAGCCUAAUCUGUUUUUGUUGUGUGGGGUACAUUUUUAUAAUAAAGGAUCAAAAAGGUUUUUAUCUGAGUUUGAUUAAGCUGUCAUUUGAAACAAAAGGUGUAAGAAAAGCUCUUAAAGGUAAUGAAUGUUCAGAACUUUUGCAGUAAGCACAUGAUCCAGUUUCUUUUUCUUUUUGCUGUUAGAGAGCUAAUGCUGUCUUUACUGCAUCCAAUUCGAAUUGUCAUUGAAUUUUUGAUAUGGUUUCAAUAACAAUUGCGACAUUUUAAGCUUAAAGCUGAGUUAGGUUCGGGGGGGUGGGGGUAACCCAAGGUGUACUUGUCAUUUUUUGGUUGCCACCCUUGAAAAACAACUUACUUCAUCUGAGUGAUUGUUCACUUUGAGAUUCAAUUUCCUGUUUCCUGAAAUUCCGAUGUAUACUCUUUUAUACUUAUUAUAAUACAAAGUUCACUUGUCUCUCAUAACCAGACAUAUGGUUUUAAAAUUUUGAAAGUUUGCUGUUCUUUUUGUUACUGUACUGUGUUAUUUUCUGUUUUAGGUCAUUUGAAUAUGUGAAAGGUUUCAUUCCAAAACCGUGUGUAGCCAAUUGGGAAAUAGAUGAAGCUCCCUGGACUUGAUCAGUCAUUGUUUUAAAAAUGCAGAUGAUCCAAUGAUCCAAAACAUGAAUUUUUGUGUCUUCAGAUGACUCAUAACUUAAAUAGUAAGUGAUGUGCUCUCUGUCAUGCUAGCAAUCAUUUUGUAAGAUGAUGAUUUUUUUUUUUAUUGCUUUCCAGAUGGUAGAUUUUUUUUUUUUUUUUGGAAUGAGACUCUUCAUAUAUUAUAACAUUUUUUAGUUUCACACUGCUUUUGAAAUGUUUUUGCUCCUUGUUAAGCAUUAGGAAACAAAAAUAAAAAUAAUUAUUAACUGUU